UCUCCAUCUCUACCAGUGUCCCCUUCGAUGGUCUGCUGGUGACUGGCCUCUACACAUCCACCCCAGUCCAGUCUGCUCCCAUUCCUGCCCCCGCUGCUUUCGGCUUUGGUGUGAUACCAGAUCGCCAGUUUGCUGGAACCCAGUUCGUCUGCAGUGUUGUGGCCUCUCAUGUCAGCCAUCAGCCCUCCACCAGCUUCAGUUUCGUCUGGAUCGCCCCGCCGCCAGGCACCGGCUGCGUCAAUUUCCUAGCCACAGCAACGCAUCGAGGACAGAUCAUUUUUAAGGAUGCGCUGGCCCAGCAGCUCUGUGAGCAAGGAGCUCCAACAGAAACCCCCUUGAGGCCCAAUCUUGUGGAGCUCCACGCGAAACAUGCUGUUCUACGAGAUGACUUUGACUCCAACAUCCCAGGAGAGUUGGACUCUAACAUAUGGUCUGAGUGCAGUAACUGUGAGGUCGGGGAGCAGUGUGGCGUGGUGUUGCAUGGCAGAGCCGUCACUUUCUGUGAGCACUUUGGAGAGCGAGAGCUGACUACAGUACCUCUCAACACCAGCACAGCCUCAGUCCUGCAGUUUGCUCUGGGUUCGGGUUCCUGUCGGUUCAGCUACUCGGAUCCCAGCAUCUCGGUGUUGUACAGCCUAAGUGGCAACGCAAACACCUCGGAUGACUGGAUCACACUGGAAAAGAUCAGAGCUCCCACUAACAGCAGCACCGUCGUCCACCUGCUGCCACUCCCACAUUCCUCCAGAGGAGAAGCCGUUCGUCUGCGCUGGUCUCAGGAGACGCCCCACGGGCCUGAAGGCUACGAGUCCUGCUGGGGCCUCGACAACGUGCUGCUGGUGAAUUCUGCCCACAGAGUUCCUCUGAUAGAGGACAACCUGGAUCCUCUGGACACGUCCAACUGGCUCUUCUUCCCCGGAGCCACCAUCAAGCAUGCCUGUCAGUCGGAGGGCAAUGCUCUGUAUUUCCAUGGUGGUGAAGGAGUCGGCCGCAGCUUCGCCUCCACCAGAGACAUCGAUUUGCACCGUGAAGAGGGAAGAAGCUACUGGGAGGAAGACUUUGAGACGCCACCUUUAAACUGGGACAUAGAGGGAGCAAUGUACGGGACAAAGUGUGGAGAGAUUGAAUCAGGCGCUGCUCUGGUGUUCGAGAAGGAGGGUCGGAGAAGAGUGUGCACCCCCUACCUGGACACCACGUCUUAUGGAAAUCUCCGCUUCCACUUCACCAUGGGUGGAGGUGACUGCGAUCCAGGGGAGUCGCAUGAGAACAAUGUGGUUCUGUUUGGAAGGUCAGAGGGCAGAAGAGAGCGUGUGGUGCUCGACACUCUCCCAUACUCUUCCUACAGGACUCCUUCAGUCGUAUCUGUCGCGCUGCCAUCUGAGCUGCAAACACCGGUCACGCAGUUCUGCUUGGAGCAGCGGUCCCACGGAGGCGCUAACCGUCAUGUGUGGGCCGUGGAUUUCAUGCAGCUGCUCCCUGUGUUGCCUGGCACGCACACACAUGUUGCUCAGUUCUCCAUCAACCUCGGCUGCGGCUCCUACCAGCCUGCCAACAGUGUGAGUCUGGAGUUUUCCACCAAUCUCGGUCGCUCCUGGUCUCUGCUGCACACCGAGUGUCUGCCAGAACUCUGUGCCGGGCCACAUCUACCUCACAGCACCAUCUACUCCUCAGACAACUACAGCGGGUGGACCAGAAUCUCUAUCCCCCUGCCCAAUGCUGCCUUGACAGAGACGACCCGGUUUCGCUGGAAGCAGACCGGCACCGGAGCCGGCAACAUGUGGGCCAUAGACAACGUGUACAUCGGACCGGCUUGUCUCCGGUUCUGCUCUGGACGAGGACAUUGCUCCCGCACAGGCUGCAAAUGUGACCCAGGCUUCAGCGGUCCGGCUUGUGAGCUCGCGUCGCAGACCUUCCCCGCUUUCCUGUCGGAGGGUUUCUCCAGCCCGCGUCUCUCCUCCUACCACAGCUUCUCGUCGCUGCGCGGCGCUGAAGUCAGCUUUGGCUGCGGCGUGCUGGCCAGCGGAAAGGCUCUGGUCUUUAACAGGGACGGCAGGAGACACUUGGUCACAGCGCCGCUCGACAGUUCCCAGGCCAGAUACCUCCAGUUCACUCUGCGCCUCGGCAGUCGCAGCAUCCUGAGCUCAUGCCCGGCUCCCGAUCAGCCGGGUGAAGGCGUUCUGUUGCAUUACUCUUCAGAUAACGGCAUCACCUGGACUCUGCUGCGGCACUACGCAUACCAAGGCUUCCACGAGCCAAGGAUCGUUUCAGUCGAACUUCCGUCGGGCGCUCGUAAGUUUGGCAUCCAGUUCCGCUGGUGGCAGCCGUAUCACUCGGGACGCAGCCGCGACGUUUGGGCCUUGGAUGAAAUCAGCAUGACCUCGGUUCUGUUCAACACCAUAAGUCUGGACUUCAGCAACGUGCUGGACGUCACGCAGAGUCUCGGCUUUUACCUGGGAAACGUUCAGCCGUACUGCCAGCACGACUGGACUCUAAGUUUCUCCGGUGAGCCCAGUCCCGGAUUCAGCAUCCGUUAUGUUGAAACCCAGUCGAUGCAAAUCGGCGCCUCCUACAGCCUGCAGUUCUCACUGGUAAUGGGCUGCGGCCGCGACCCCUCCCCUCACAUCGACACCCAGGUGCGCCUGGAGUUCUCCACCAAUCACGGCCUCACCUGGCACCUGGUCAAAGAGGCCUGUCUACCUGGCAUGCCGAGCUGCUCUGAGUUUACAGCUCCCAGUGUCUACCAUCCGUCUGAGUUCAAAGACUGGAGACGAGUUACGCUCUCGUUGCCUCAGAAGACGUGGUCCAGUGCAACCCGGUUUAGAUGGAUCCAGAAUUACUACGGCGAGCAGGACGAGUGGGCUCUGGACGACGUCUACAUCGGCCAGCAGUGUCCCAACAUGUGCCACGGACACGGCUGGUGUGACCACGGACAUUGCAGGUGUGACGACGGGUUCUCGGGUCCGGACUGCCAGCCGUCGUCUCCGCUCUCGUCAAGCGUCCUCUCAGAUUUUGAGUCCCAAGACGCGCUGCUGGCCACGUGGCAGGAGGUGAUUGGCGGAGAGGUGGUGGCGCCCGACAUGGGCUGUGGGGUGGUGUCGUCUGGAUCGUCGCUGUACUUCAGCAAGGCUGGGCUGCGGGAGCUGGUGAGCUGGGAUCUGGACACGGAGUGGGCGGAGUUUGUGCAGUUCUACCUGCGUGUGGGCGGAGACUGGGCGGAGUGUAACCAGGCAGACAGCAGGGAGGAGGGAGUGCUGCUGCAGUACAGCAACGACGGAGGAAUCAGCUGGGGCCUCAUCGCUGAGAUGUACUUCACAGACUUCACCAAACCUCGCUUUGUUCAUUACGAACUUCCUCUGGCUUCGAAAACUCCCUCCACUCGCUUUCGGUGGUGGCAGCCGCUUCAUUCUGGGGAAGGGUACGACCAGUGGGCGAUUGAUGACGUCAUCAUUUUGUCAGAGAGGGAGAAGCACAUCAUCCCGAUGGCCAACCCGACUCUGCCGCAGAACUUCUACGAGAAGCCGGCGUUCGACUACCCUCUGAACCAGAUGAGCGUUUGGCUGAUGCUCGGCAACGAGGGCAUGGAGAGGGACAACAACAGCAGCUUCUGCGCUCCGACUCCCUCGGCGAUGGUGUUUGGACGCUCCGAUGGAGACAGGGUGGCCGUCACCAGGGACCUGGCCCUCCGGCCUGGGUACACCCUUCAGUUUAAGCUGAACAUCGGCUGUGAGUCAGAGUUCAGCGCCUCAGCCCCAGUCCUGCUGCAGUACUCCCACGACGCCGGCAGAACCUGGGCGCUGGUCCGAGAAGGCUGCUACCCCGGAACGCCGGGAACAGGCGUCUGCGAAGGCAGCGGCCGUGAGCUCAGAGAACCGACCGUCUACAACACUGGAGACUACGAACAGUGGACCAGGAUCACAGUGGUCAUACCCCGAAACGUGGCAGCCAGUAAAACCAGGUUCCGUUGGUUCCAGGAGAGUAGCGUGUACCGAGAUGCGCCGCCGUUUGCUUUGGACGGAGUCUACAUUUCCGAGCCCUGCCCCAACCACUGCGGGGGACAUGGAGACUGCAUUUCUGGUGUCUGCUUCUGCGAUAUGAGCUUCACAGUGGAGCAAGAUAGUUGUGUCCCAUCCGUAGCGAGUCCCCCAGAGCUGACAGAGGGCUUUGAGGGGAAGCUGAGUCCUCUCUGGCAGAGUAUCAGCGGGGGGCAAAUCGGAGGCGGCUGUGGCAUCAUCAGUGAGGGCAAGGCUCUUUACUUCAGCAGUGCUGGACGUCGGGAGGCACAAACAGCUCCUCUGGACACAACCAACACGCGGUUGGCUCAGUUUUACAUCCGAAUUGGCAGCAAGAGUUUAGGACCCACCUGCACCAGGCCUCGCUCGCGCAAUGAAGGUGUCAUUGUCCAGUUCUCCACCAAUAAUGGCAUCCAGUGGCAGUUUCUGAGAGAGUUGGACUUCAGCUCCUUCUUGGAGCCUCAGGUGGUCACCAUUGAGCUUCCACCUCCAGCAAAAACUCCCUACACAGUGUUUCGGUGGUGGCAGCCUCAGCAAGGAAAGCACUCUGCCCAAUGGGCGCUGGAUGACGUUCUGAUCGGUAUGAACGACAGCUCCAGAACGGGUUUCCACGAUAAAUUCGAUGGCACCACCCCUCUGAGGCACAACUGGUACCGGAUCCAGGGCGGGGAGGUGACCGUGGACUGCUUGUCUCUGGACACUGCUCUCACCUUUAACUCUGAGGCCAUUGAUAAGAAGCCACGAUAUGCAGAGAGCUGGGACUUUGAGGUGACGGGGUCGUCGUUCCUCCAGUUUGAGCUGAGCAUGGGCUGCAGUAAGUCCACCUCCUUCUCCCACGGCGUCCGGCUGGAGUACUCGACGGACUGCGGCCGCCACUGGACUCUCAUCACGCCGGAGUGUGUGCCUCCAGCCAUCGGCUGCGCUGGUUAUACACAGAGCUCUGUCUACGCAUCAACCCAACACAAACACUGGAGGAGAAUCACGGUUUACCUGCCCAGUGCUGCCAAUUCCCCCAGAACUCGGUUCCGUUGGAUCCAGACCCACUUCACCCCAGGGGCAGAAGGAUGGGCGCUGGAUAACGUGCUACUUGCCCCUGGUUGCCCUUGGAUGUGCUCUGGACAUGGUCUGUGCGACAACGGCCGCUGUGUAUGUGAUAAAGGUUAUGGAGGAGCGCACUGCGUGCCUUUGGCUCCUCUGCCCUCGGUGCUGAGGGAAGACUUCAACGAGAAUCUGCAGCAGGAGACUUGGCCCGAAGUGUACGGCGCCGAGAGGGGGACGCUCAGCGGAGAACCGCUUAAAUCUGGAACUGCACUCAUUUUCAAAGGGGAUGGACUGCGAAUGAUUGUGUCGAGGGAUCUGGACUGUUCAAACACUCUCUACAUCCAGUUCUCUUUCAAAUUUAUUACCAAAGGAGUGCCGGAGCGCUCCCACUCGGUGCUGCUGCAGUAUUCUGUGAACGGAGGAAUCAGCUGGCUCCUGUUGGACGAGUUUUACUUCCCGUCUUCCACAGACACGCUGUUCCUCCACCUGCCUCUGCCAGCCAGCGCUCAGACCAACGCCACCCGGUUCAGACUGUGGCAGCCUUACAACAGCGGUAAGAAGGAAGAGGUGUGGGUGAUUGAUGAUCUCAUCAUCGAUGGCAGCUCUCUACACAAACCACCGAUGGUAAUCGACACUUUUGAGGAAGGACCUAACGAGGAGAACUGGCUUUUCUACCCUGGUGGAAACACAGGACUAUACUGCCCCUACCAGAAGGCUGGCCUGGAAGACGACGAGUCGGCCAUGGUGUUCAUCUCCAGUGAGCUUGGAGAACACUCCAUCACCACCAGGGACAUCGACGUCAAUGAGAACACCAUCAUCCAGUUUGAGAUCAAUGUUGGCUGCACGACUGAGAGCUCCUCUGCAAACCCGGUUCGGCUCGAGUUCUCACGGGACUUUGGAGCCACGUGGCACCUUUUGGUGCCGCUGUGUGCCGGUGGCCCUCAGCCCUCCUCGCUUUGCUCCACAGAGCUUCACCCUGCCAGCAUCUAUUUCCCCGGUACCACACACGGCUGGAGGAGAGAGCUGAUCCACGUUGGCAAGCUUCGCCUGUGUGGGUCAAUAAGGUUCCGCUGGUUCCAAGGUUUCUUCUCAGCUGGUUCUGCUCCUCCAACGUGGGCGCUGGAUAACGUUUACAUCGGCCCGCAGUGUCAGGACAUGUGCAACGGUCACGGGGUGUGUGUGAGCGGCACCCACUGUGUGUGUGACCCCGGUUUCUCUGGACCCGACUGCUCUGCUCCAGAAACCCCCAAUCCGGACUUCCUCAAGGAGGACUUUGAAGGAGGAGCUGUGGAUGCUGAGCAUUUCACUCUGCUGAGUGGAGGAAAGCCAUCCAGGAAAUGUGGCAUCAUGUCCAGUGGAAACCACCUGUUCUUCAGCGAGGACGGUCUACGCAUGUUGGUCACCAAUGAUAUGGAUCUGUCAAAUGCAAGGUUUGUUCAGUUCUUCCUUCGCCUUGGUUGUGGCAAAGCGGCGCCGGAUCCUCGUUCUCAGCCUGUCCUGCUGCAGUUCUCUGUGGACGGAGGCCUAACCUGGGGACUCCUCCAGGAGUUUCUCUUCAGUAAUACCAGUAACCAGGCUCGGCUGGUGGCUCUGGAGAUCCCACUGCGUGCCAGAACACCUGCCACUCGUCUGCGCUGGUGGCAGCCGUCAGAAAAUGGUCACUUUUACAGCCCCUGGGUCAUAGAUCAGGUUGUGGUGGGUGGCAGUGCUAGCGGCUGGGGGCCACUGGAAGACGAUUUCUCCUCCAUCGACGGACGGUCGUGGCUCCUCCACCCGGGCGGAACCCGAAUGCCUGUGUGUGGUUCUGACGGACCGGCUUUCGCUUUCAUCGAGAAAUCCAACACACGAUACGCCGUCACUACUGACAUCAGCUUGGGCCAAGACGCGUUCAUCCAGUUCGACUUUUCUGCAUCCUGCUCUGUCACCAAUUCUUGCUACUCUGUGGAGUUGGAGUAUUCUCUGGAUCUGGGUCUGACUUGGCAGCCGCUGGUCAGAGACUGUCUGCCUACGAGUCCCGACUGCUCGUCUUACACUCUGCAGCGGAUCCUCGUGUCAGACACCUACAACAAGUGGGGCCGCGUCACCUUGUCUAUCCCAUCAUACGCAAGAUCUCCGGCCACGAGGUUCCGCUGGUUCCAGCAGGCUCCCUUUGACAAGCAGCAGACCUGGGCUCUGGAUAACCUCUACAUUGGUGACGGCUGUCCUGAUAUGUGCUCUGGACAUGGUCGCUGCCAACAGAGCUCCUGUGUGUGUGACCCGGAGUGGGGAGGAGAGUACUGUGACGAGCCGGUGCUGCCGCUGCCGGCCCAGCUGAAGGACAGCUUCAGUCGAGCGCCGUCGCUCAGCCACUGGCACGUUCUCACGGGUGGGAAGCUCAGCUCCGUGUGUGGAGCUGUGGCUUCUGGAGCUGCGCUGCACUUCAGCGGGUCAUGCACUCGUCAGCUGGUGACGGUGGAUCUGAAUCUGACGAAUGCCGAGUUCAUCCAGUUCUACUUCAUGUACGGCUGCAUGAUUCCUCCCAGCAACCGGAACCAGGGAGUCCUUCUGGAGUACAGCUUGAAUGGGGGGAUUAACUGGCAUUUACUCACAGAGAUCUUCUACGACCUCUACACCAAACCUGGGUUCGUAAAUGUGCUGCUGCCCCCUGCUGCACGUCAGGAAGGAGUGCGGGUGCGGUGGUGGCAGCCGCAGCAUGAAGGCGCAGACCGGAGCGACUGGGCUCUGGACAACGUCCUCAUCGCCGGGUCAGACCCGCGGGCCCAGAUCUCUGACACGUUCGGAGGCGUGGCUCUGCCCAACCAUGAGAGAGCGCCUGCAGAUGAGACUUCUGGACGAGUCAGUCAGCUGAAUGAACAGGAAGAAACGCCGAUAGUGAGUGACCACUGGCUUUUCUCUGAGGAUUGCUCUGUGCAGCGCUUCUGCAACUCCCCUGAUGGUGUGAUGGUGUGUGGAAAUGCAGAUGGGAGAGAAGUGUAUGCUGUCACACAUGAUAUUGUUCCAGACAAAGGCUGGGUCAUGCAGUUUAAGAUUGCUGUUGGCUGCAAUGUUCCAGACCGCCCAGCAGAUCGACAGAUCCACGUUCAGUAUUCGGUAGAUUUUGGGGUCACGUGGAAGUACCUGGUCCCUCAGUGCCUGCCUGCUGACCCUCGCUGUGGCGGUCAGGUCUCCCAGCCGUCAGUCUUCUUCCCUGCUGAGAGCUGGAAAAGGGCAGUCUACCCGCUUCCAGACAGCCUGGCUGAAACCGCGGUGCGGUUCCGGUUUUACCAGCAGCACUCGGACAUCCAGUGGGGUGUGGAGAACCUGUACAUCGGGCCGCCCUGUGACGGCCACUGCGGGGGACACGGAGACUGUCUGGAUCAGCGCUGCAUCUGCGAUCCAGGAUUCACCGGACCCAACUGUUACGCCAGUACCGCCCUAAAGGCAUCUUUGAAGGAGCGCUUUGACUGGGAAGGGGGGGCCGGACCUCAGUGGCAGGUGCUGGAGGGCGGGAAGCCCUGCACCGACUGUGGCGUUCUGGUGGAGGGCACUGCUCUGUAUUUUGGAGGAGCUGAUGCCAGGCAGGCCGUCACUGCUGAUUUGGACCUGCGGGGGGCCAAGUUUGUGGAGUACUGGGCCAGGAUCGGAAGUGACGACAACAUGACCAUGUGCCACCGUCCCACGUGCCGUAAAGAGGGGGUCCUGCUGGAUUACUCCACUGAUGGAGGUGUGUCCUGGACUCUGCUACAUGAGAUGGAUUACCUGAAGUACGUGUCCGUGAGGAGAGACUACAUCGUUCUGCCAGAGGUGGCGCUGACUAACGCCACACGCCUGCGAUGGUGGCAGCCUUUCACCAUCUCUUCAGGCUUGGCCACCCCGAGCCUGGAAAGAGCUCAGUGGGCCAUAGACAACAUCCUGGUGGGAGGGUCAGACAUCAACCCAUCCACACUGCUGGACACCUUUGAUGAUGAGGGCGUUUCUCAUGAGGAAAGCUGGAGUUUCUACCCUAACGCUGUGCGAACCGCCGGCUUCUGUGGAAAUCCCUCAUUUCACCUCUACUGGCCGAACAAGAACCAAGACGGGACACACAACAUCCUUGCCACUCGAGAGCUUAUAGUUCAGCCCGGAUAUAUUCUACAGUUUAAGAUUGUUGUCGGCUGUGAGGCAGACACAUGCGAGGAUCAUCACUCUGUCCUGCUGCAGUACAGGAAGGACGCACGGUCCGACUCAUGGCAGCUGGUCCAGUCAGAGUGUCUUCCUUCAUCUGUGAACAACGUUGGCUGCUCCCCCUUCCAGUUCCACGAAUCCACCAUCUACAGUCCGGUUAACAGCUCCGCCUGGACCAGAGUCACGGUCCAGCUGCCGGACCACGUCUCCUCAGGAGCGACGCAGUUCCGCUGGAUUCAGAAGGAGGGAACAGGAGAGAGGCACAGCUGGGGAGUGGAUAACGUUUACAUUGGCGAGGCUUGCCCAGGGCUCUGCAGCGGCCAUGGGUACUGCACGAGUGGAGCGGUCUGCAUCUGCGAUGAAGGAUACCACGGCGAUGACUGCUCCCUCUCCAGCACAGACUUGCCGAGCUCCAUCAAGGACAACUUCGAGUCCGGGGCGGUGUCUCCGGAGAGCUGGCAGCUGAUCCACGGCGGCAGCGUGGGCAGCGGCUGCGGGCAGCUGUCUCCACAUGCUCAUGGAGACUCUCUCUACUUCAGUGGCUGUAAGCUGAGGCAGGCAGUUACCAAACCGCUGGACCUCACUAGAGCCAGUAAGAUCAUGUUUGUGCUGCAGAUCGGCAGCGUAGCACAGACAGACAGCUGUAACAUCGCUCUGGAUCAGGCCGACACAGUGGACCGGGCCGUCCUGCUGCAGUACAGCGUCAACAACGGCGUCAGCUGGCACGUCAUUGCCCAGCAUCAGCCCAAAGACUUCAUAAAGGCCCAGAGAGUCUCCUACAACAUCCCACUCGAAGCGAGGGUUAAAGGCGUAAUGCUGCGAUGGUGGCAACCGAGACACGACGGUGCGGGACAUGACCAGUGGGCGCUGGACCAUGUGGAAGUAGUUCUUGUGAGCACACGCAAACAAAACUACAUGAUGAGCUUUGCCAGACAGACCGGGAUGCGUCACUACUACAGCCGCAAGCGGCGGGCACUGCAGCAGCGUGCCUGAACCCCCCGCUCUCCUCCUGACCGCAUUUCGCCCCGUUGUGACCCGUCCGCCGGUGGAUUCGAGUCCAACCGCCCAUCUUCUGCUCGUUCUCAACAAAUCACCUUGGCUUUCUCAACCAAACCCAAUAAAACUCAUAACGAAGGAACAAGGCGGCCAUUUUGGAAAGGAUGGUCCACGGUUUCGAGUUCUUUUGUAAUUGUCGCUGCCAUUCCUUUAAGUCCUUGGCCGUAUCCCUUCUUUUCCCACCACACUGUGAAAUUAAAAGAUGAUUUAUCACUGCUGAACUGACCAGCUGGUUGGAGAGUAGCCUCCCAGUUCCACUGAGCCGCCUCCAAAGCUGCCAAACCAGUAAGCCAGGAGAAGGACACACAAUGACCAUAAAGGAGGAACAACAAUGAAGCUUCAAAAAAAACUGAAAAAGAAAAAAAAAAAUAGAGUACUGUGUUCUUGGU